GCGAAAAAGCGUUCUGAGGACGGGGGCUGGCGAGGCUCAGGCUGGAGGGCUUCGCGUCUGGGGAAAGCUGGCAGCUGGCAUCGCGCGGUACCAGUGACCAUGAGAUCUCUGCAGCUGCUCAGAACCCCCUUCCUGUGUGGCCUGCUCUGGGCCUUUUGUGUUCCAAGAGCCAGGGCUGAGGAGCCCGGAGCUGGCAUCCCCCACCCCGGUGGCGUGGGCCUGGAUAAGCACACAGUGCACGACCAAGAGCAUAUCAUGGAGCAUCUAGAAGGUGUCAUCAACAAACCAGAGGCAGAGAUGUCCCCACAAGAACUGCAGCUCCAUUAUUUCAAAAUGCAUGAUUAUGACGGCAAUAAUUUGCUUGACGGCCUAGAACUCUCCACAGCCAUCACUCAUGUUCAUAAGGAGGAAGGGAGUGAACAUGCCCCGCCGAUGAAUGAAGAUGAACUGAUUAGGUUAAUAGAUGGUGUUUUGAGAGACGAUGACAAGAACAACGAUGGAUACAUUGAUUAUGCUGAAUUUGCAAAAUCACUACAGUAGAGCUAGUUGGCCAUCUCCUCCUUACAUGCAAAUGUGACCCAUUAUAAUGUGAUUCCAUAGUGCAAAAUGACUCAUUUCCAACUCUGCUAUAGUAAUUUGGUAAAAACCUGUAGCAGUUUGAUACACUGGGAUGAGAAAGAGAAAUCAAGAGACAUAGAAGAAAAUGGGGCACACAGUCCCCACAUUCUGGUAAAUCUCUUAGUGGACAAGGACUUGAUGAAAAAAUCCUUUUAAGAAUAUUGGAUAAUUGGAGCUGAGUACUCAGGAACUUGACUAUAGAGUUUCGCUAGUCUCUUGUUUUUGAUUCAUGCUGCCUGAAAAGUCAGACCUGUUUUGCCAAAUGGGCAUACUUUUCAGUAAUGGUGAAAGGAUAAGAUGAACGCCAAACACUUCCCCUCAUGGGCCCUGUCUCUUUAAGUAAAUGUGGGCAGUAUUCUGCAAAGUUCUCCUGGCCUAAGUGAUUACUUGCUCUGAGUAAGUGAGUAUUUAUUAGGCAAUUUCAAUGCCACAGCAUAAGGAUGUCAACUGUUGAGUUGAGCUCACCGCAGAGUCUAAGCUUCUAUGUGUUCUGGCACUUUGGAAAUGGUACACCACUGACCUGAGUGAUGACCCUUUUUCGGUAUUUUGUAAAGCUACUGCCACAUCCUUAUGCUUUAUUUCUUUAUUCCUUGCUCCUUAUGCUUUAUUUCAUCGUUAGUCUGAAUUUAGAUGUGUUCUCCAAUCAAUAGCAAAUAUUUUAGCCUCCUUAAUACUUGUAUUUAACUUCCGUUUCUAGGGAUUCGUUUUCGUAGUUUAGAAUCUAUUAGGAACGUAGGGAUUUUAUCCCUUCUGCUUCAUGUGGGGUUGAAACUACUGGCUGAUCUAGCCUAAGCGAGAAGUGGAAAGAUCACUCACCAAGCACCAUGAUUAACUGGAUUCCAAUUACAUUUAGAAGGAAUGUUUUUAAAUUGCCUCUUUUGACCUGAUUAUGUGAAUUCUUUCCAGUUAAAAAAAGGAGCCUACAAACUCUCAGUGGUGUGAAUCUUCAGUAGUAGUGGAAAAGGAGAAGCAGCAGCAAAUGCCAUUGAGCUUCAUGGAUGUGAUGAAUAUUCUGUGAUAGAAAAUCUGAAAGGAUGCCUUUGUGGGAAAAAUAACUACAUAAAAUUUGCUGUAAGAUGUAUAGAGACUUAUUUUCUUUAUUAAAAGUAUUCUUAUAAGAAAACAUUAAUUGUAAAAAUGGUUUCCUGUGUCAAGUAUUUGUGCAAUCAGAGCUGAAUUAUAAGCUAUUCUUGUAAUACCCAGUUAUUUUGAAAGCUUUAUAUAUGAAUUCUGGGUGUAUGACCAAUAAAGCUGAUGUAACAAAGCAAUUGAUAUUAUCUACCUCAACUGCUUUUAUCAUGCAAAGGGUUUUAUUAAAUACAGAUGUGUAUAUAUAU